AAAUUAGUGAUUCAUUAACGCGAAAUUGAAUGGGAUCCGCACCUGCACCUGCACCUCCACCGAAUCAAAACUUUUGGUCCUUCGAAGCUUUCAGAAGACACCACCACACUGUAACUGUAACUGUAACUGCACCAUCAUCCAUCUCUUCCACUUCAAAAAAUUCAAGGGAACUGAAUCAGGUGGUCUAUUGCUGAUCCUUGCUUCUUAAGAUCAUCUGCAUGGCGAAGACAGAAGCAACAGAGCCCUUGCUAUCAGGAUCAGAGGAUCUUGAAGCUCAAAAGUUCAGAAGGCAGUUAAAGAAGAGAAGGUUCCGCCGUGCUAGAAGUGCACCUUGCAACGAUGUUGAUCCCCAGGACACCAAUGGCAAUAUACCAAUUCCAAGAUCUGAUUCAAUAUUUGGGAACAUACAUCCAAGCUUCAGAAAAGUUGCUAUAUACCUUGUAGUGUAUAUAGGAGUAGGUGCUAUUGUAUUCUACCUUGUUGGGAACCAGAUCAAGGGGCUGAAAACAGAUGGGGUUCUUGAUGCUGUAUACUUCACAAUUGUAACAAUGACCACAGUUGGUUAUGGAGAUAUUGUUCCGAAUAGCAACCUUACAAAGCUACUUGCAUGCGCUUUUGUUUUCACCGGAAUGGCAUUGGUUGGACUAAUCCUAGGCAAAGCAGCAGAUUACUUGGUUGAGAAGCAAGAAUUCUUGCUAGUUAAAGCUUUGCACAUGCACCAAAAUGUUGGUCAAAGAGAAAUUCUAAAGGAGGUUGAGGUGAACAAAACAAGAUACAAAUUCCUUUUGGCCUUUUUCCUUCUCUUGAUUAUGAUCAUAGCAGGGACAGUUUUCUUGAUCAUGGUUGAGAAAUUGGAAUUCGUCGAUGCGUUUUACUGCGUUUGUUCUACUCUUACAACCCUGGGAUAUGGUGAUAAGAGUUUCUCAACUGAAGCAGGAAGAAUAUUUGCUGUGUUUUGGAUAUUGGCAGGUACAAUUUCUUUGGCUCAGGUGUUCCUCUACAUUGCUGAGCUUAACACUGAAAGCCGACAAAAGAAAAUUGUGAAGUGGGUUCUUUCGAAGAAGAUGACCAAUUUGGACUUGGAGGCAGCAGAUAUUGAUGAUGACGGCACUGUUGGGGCUGCUGAAUUCGUUGUUUAUAAACUCAAAGAGAUGGGGAAGAUUAGUCAAGAAGAUAUAUCACUUUUGAUGCAGGAGUUUGAAGAACUUGAUGUUGAUCAAUCUGGUACCCUUUCAAUUUCUGAUUUAGCACUUGCUCAGUCAUCCUAGACUGACAAAGACACAUUGUAUAUAGUAUUCACAGAGUAGAGUUUUUGUAGAGUUCACAUUUUCCACUUCAAUGAUAAAAUGCACACUAGAGCUUUGAAGAG